UUUGAAAUCACCCUCACAUCAUUUACUGAGUAAGAGGACAAUACAACUGAAUGAUGCCUGUAAAUGAGGAAGAAGACGAUAAGAAAGGUGACACAGAUGGGGAAGUACCAUCUCGCACGGCACAGAAAAACUCGAGCCACACCAAUACGGUCAAGGAUUCAAAGAAGCCAAGUGGAGAAGAUGCGUUGUGGUCUUUCUCAAGUUUAUAUGAAGGAGAUGAAGAAAAGGGAUUGAAGAGAACGCUCAGUUUGAAGAACGCUAUUACAAUGACGAUGGGCGGAGUGAUUGGUGCAGGAUUAUUUAUCGCCCCUACGGGCGUUCAACGAGCUGCUGGCUCUGUCGGCGCGUCAAUCAUAAUAUGGUUUAUAUGUGGAUUAUGGUGUUUUCUUGGUGCGUGUAUCUAUGCCGAACUCGGUAUUAUGAUCCCGAAGUCGGGCGGUGACUAUGCUUACCUUAUGGAAGCAUUUGGACCCUUUCUUGCAUUCCUCAGGUUCUGGAUAGAGGGAAUGGUAGUAAGGCCCUGUGCAAGAGCGGUCAUCAGCCUAACCUUUGCCAUUUACACACUGCGUCCUCUUUAUCCAAAUUGCGACCCUCCACCGUGGACUACCGAGCUUGUCGCAGCCAUUCUUAUAAUUGGUGUGGGUGCAAUAAAUUGCUGGUCUGUAAAAGCAGCAGCAUCAAUGCAAGACUAUAUUACUUACGCGAAAGUGUUAGUACUAAUCGCUGUCAUUCUUACAGGCGGCUUUCUUCUCAUUUUCGGUGGGCCGAAGUAUAGAGACUCUUUCGAAAGCCCUUUCGAAGGCAACUUUCGAAAUUGGCUCGACGCUUCUGUUGGAUUUUAUUCUGGAUUGUUCGCUUAUCAAGGAUGGAUAAAUUUGAGCUUUCUUACCGAAGAAAUUAUUAAUCCGAAACGUAAUCUACCUCUUGCUCUGGUACUAUCGUCAGCUGCUAUCACCCUUAUCUAUACAUUUUUCGUGGUUGCGCUAUAUGUCGUUUUAUCUCCUGAUGAAGUGCUUAUUAGUCCAGCCGUCGGUGUGUUAUUCGCUGAGAAAGCCUACCCUGCCGUUUCCUUUUUGAUGCCCCUAUGCGUUGCCAUGGCCUGCAUUGGAACAGAAAAUGGCAAUAUGAUCAUGAGCUCUAGAUUACUCUUCUGCGCUGGUCGCGAGCAUCAAAUGCCAAGGAUUUUAGCAAUGAUAAAUAAAAGGCUGCGAACUCCUAUGCCUGCUGUGCUAUUCGCAAGCUUUUUAACUUUCUGCUAUCUUCUUAUCUCCAACAAUCUCUAUGCUCUCAUCACUGUAAGUCAAGUGGUAUCCUGGCUGGCAUUCGCCGUCGUGGCACUAGCAUGGUUCAAACUUCGACGCAAGUAUCCGGAUGCUAGCCGAUCAGUCAAGGUUCCUCCAAUUUUUGCAGCAGUGUUUGUAGUUGGAUCAACUAUCAUUGUCGUUUUACCCGUCAUUGCUUCUCCAGUGGAUUCAGCGAUAGGUAUACUAAUCUUACUUACUGGUGUUCCUAUCUACGUACUUUUCAUCCAACAAAACAAAACCCCACUUGUCAUUAGAAGAGCGCUAUUCUCUUUUACCGUGUUUUGUCAAAAGAUAUUGAUGGUGGUCGACGAUAACGAAAGUAAAUGA